AUGGGUGGAGUUAAUCCGCGUAGGGCGGUGCUAUGUAUUGGUGGAGUUAAUCCGCAUAGGGCGGUGCUAGGUAUGUGUGGAGUUAAUCCGCAUAGGGCGGUGCUAGGUAUGGGUGGAGGUAAUCCGCAUAGGGCGGUGCUAGGUAUGUGUGGAAUUAAUCCGCAUAGGGCGGUGCUAUGUACGGGUGGAGUUAAUCCGCAUAGGGCGGCGCUAGGUAUGGGUGGAGUUAAUCCCCAUAGGGCGGUGCUAGGUAUUGGUGGAGUUAAUCCGCAUAGGGCGGUGCUAGGUAUGUGUGGAGUUAAUCCGCAUAGGGCGGUGCUAGGUAUGGGUGGAGUUAAUCCGCAUAGGGCGGUGCUAGGUAUGUGUGGAGUAAAUCCGCAUAAGGCGUUGCUAUGUAUGUGUGGAGUUAAUCCGCAUAGGGCGGUGCUAGGUAUGGGUGGAGUUAAUCCGCAUAGGGCGGUGCUAGGUAUUGGUGGAGUUAAUCCGCAUAGGGCGGUGCUAGGUAUGUUCGGAGUUAAGUUAGUGACAAUCUCAAUUAAACCGGGUCUUAUUGUUUUUGAUGUUUGGUUGCAUUUUACGCUUUAA